AUGCAGCGCGCUCUGUCAUCGCGAUCAAGGGCUUCGGUCCUCAACUCGGCCUCUGCCGCUGCUAAGUACCGGCCCGGUGCAGGUCUGUCGCAGCAGCUCAGAUUCGCCCACAAGGAGCUGAAGUUUGGUGUUGAGGGCCGUGCCGCUCUCCUGUCUGGUGUUGAGACUCUGGCAAAGGCUGUCGCCACCACCCUGGGUCCCAAGGGCCGAAAUGUCCUGAUUGAGUCCAGCUACGGCUCGCCCAAGAUCACAAAGGAUGGUGUCACAGUUGCUCGUGCUAUCAGCUUAAAAGACAAGUUCGAGAACCUCGGUGCCAGAUUACUACAGGAUGUCGCCUCGAAAACGAACGAGUCCGCCGGUGACGGUACUACCAGUGCCACUGUCCUGGCCCGCGCCAUCUUCUCGGAAACUGUCAAGAACGUUGCUGCCGGCUGCAACCCCAUGGACCUGCGCCGUGGUACUCAGGCUGCCGUCGACGCCGUCGUCGAGUACCUGCAGAAGAACAAGAGGGACAUCACCACCAGCGAGGAGAUUGCCCAGGUUGCCACCAUCUCCGCCAACGGCGACACCCACGUCGGCAAGCUGAUUGCCAACGCCAUGGAGAAGGUCGGCAAGGAGGGUGUCAUCACCGUCAAGGAGGGCAAGACCAUGAGCGACGAGCUGGAGGUUACCGAGGGUAUGCGCUUCGACCGUGGCUUCGUCUCCCCCUACUUCAUCACCGACACCAAGUCCCAGAAGGUUGAGUUCGAGAAGCCUCUGAUCCUCCUCUCGGAGAAGAAGAUCUCGGCUGUCCAGGACAUCAUCCCCGCCCUUGAGGCUUCCACCCAGCAGCGCCGACCUCUCGUCAUCAUUGCCGAGGACAUCGAUGGUGAGGCUCUGGCCGUCUGUAUCCUGAACAAGCUCCGUGGCCAGCUCCAGGUCGCUGCCGUCAAGGCUCCCGGCUUCGGUGAUAACCGCAAGUCCAUCCUCGGCGAUAUUGCCGUCCUGACCAACGGUACCGUCUUCACUGACGAGCUCGACAUCAAGCUUGAGAAGGCCACCCCCGACUUGCUCGGUUCGACCGGCUCCAUCACCAUCACCAAGGAGGACACCAUCAUCCUCAACGGUGAGGGCACCAAGGACGCCAUCACUCAGCGCUGCGAGCAGAUCCGUGGUGUCAUGGCCGACCCUACCACCUCCGACUACGAGAAGGAGAAGCUCCAGGAGCGUCUCGCCAAGCUCUCGGGCGGUGUCGCCGUCAUCAAGGUCGGUGGCUCCUCCGAGGUCGAGGUCGGUGAGAAGAAGGACCGCUUCGUCGAUGCUCUCAACGCCACCCGCGCCGCCGUCGAGGAGGGUAUCCUGCCCGGUGGUGGUACCGCCCUGAUCAAGGCUUCCGUCAACGCCCUGGGCGACGUCAAGCCUGCCAACUUCGACCAGCAGCUCGGAGUCAGCAUCAUCAAGAACGCCAUCACCCGCCCCGCCCGCACCAUCAUCGAGAACGCCGGCCUCGAGGGCUCUGUUGUCGUUGGCAAGCUGACUGACGAGUUCGGCGCCGAGUUCAACAAGGGCUUCGACAGCGCCAAGGGCGAGUACGUCGACAUGAUUGCGGCCGGUAUCCUCGAUCCCCUCAAGGUCGUCCGCACCGGUCUCAUUGACGCCAGCGGUGUCGCGUCGCUGCUGGGUACCACCGAGGUUGCCAUCGUCGAGGCACCGGAGGAGAAGGGCCCGGCUCCUCCCAUGGGCGGCAUGGGAGGUAUGGGUGGAAUGGGUGGCAUGGGCGGCAUGAUGUAA